UCCCACAGCCGCGCCCCAACUAGCGUGCCAAGCCCCGCCCCUAAGAGGAGUGGGGAGGGUGCAAAGGGCCGCCCGCAUCCAGACUCGUUAGGCCCGUAUGUUAAUGAGCUUCCUUUUCCUUUCCUCUCUAGAUGGUAUUCCUGUCGAGGGAGGGAUGUUGCUUUUGACGGCAGUUCGGUUGCUAAGCUUGCCGUGCUUUACGGCCGCCCGUAGCAACCGGGAGAGUGUUAUGAAAAGAAUGAGACCGACCGCCGCCAGGCACUGGUAUUUCUCUGGCUGCUGUGACUCUGCCUGGAUAGAAUGGACCCUGUUGUCCUAAGUUACAUGGACAGUUUGCUGAGACAAUCAGACGUCUUGUUGCUGGAUCCUCCCUGCUGGCUCAACGACCACAUCAUCGGAUUUGCCUUUGAGUACUUUGCCAGUGACCAGUUCCAAGACUUCUCUGAUCAAGUGUGCUUCGUUGGCCCUGAGGUGGCUCAGUUCAUCAAAUGUACAACCAGCCAGGAGGAGCUGGCUCUAUUUCUUGAGCCUUUGAACCUCCCCCACAAACAAAUAGUGUUCCUGGCCAUCAAUGACAACUCCAGCCAAGCUGCUGGCGGCACACACUGGAGCCUGCUAGUUUACUUCCGAGACAAAAAUUGCUUUGCUCACUAUGACUCCCACACUAGGAGCAACUCUGCCCAUGCCAGACGGGUAGCGGGGAAGUUGGAGACCUUUCUCGGCAAAAAAGGCAAAGUUGCCUUUGUAGAGGAGAAGGCCCCUGCCCAGCAGAAUAGCUAUGACUGUGGGAUGUACGUAAUCUGUAACACAGAAGCUCUGUGUCAAGAAUUCUUCCAGGGGCAGCAGGAGCCAGCGCUUCAGCUCCUUACUCCCUCCUAUAUAACAAGCAAGAGAGAAGAAUGGAAGGAACUCAUUGCUAAGCUGUCUCAGAAGUGACCUGCCAGUUUCCAACUUACUGUCAUUCUUCUCCUUCUCUCAGUGCCUAAGGUGGGGGAGGUUUGUGCACAGGGUUUUCCCUGCAGAAAGAAUGUACUGACCUCUGAAUUUCUGCACUGCCUUAUUCUCCUGCUGAUCAGAAUAGAGCUGUAAUACUGGGCGGUUGUGGCUUUGGCCAGUUCUCUCACCCCUUUGUCCGUGUGUGAUCAAUUUUCAUGAUGUCAGUGACGUGGUAUAUUUCUGCCUGUAUCCAACUGUGGCAAAUUUCAGCAGCCCUCUUCAAAAAUCAUGCCAGAUUCAUUGGAAGUUAGAUUAGAUGACAUAAUGCUGUAAACCUUCUUGUUUCCAAAUUCCCCCAAAGGCUAGCGGUAGGGGAGGGGAACCCUCUUUUAUUCCUGCUUGUAAAAGUAAGGAUUGUUGUAUUGACUGCCUAUCUGGGGAAAACGGUACAGAUCACUGCAGUAUGAUGAGGCAAAAUUUCUAUAAUGUAAACCUUACUGGCAAGAGAUAGCUGGUUCCAUUUGGUUUCUAGAAGUUCUUUCUUCUGUUGCUUAUUUUACAUGCCAUGACUUGCUUAAGAUGUUGCACCUGUAAAUGGGUGCUGUGAUAGAUCUCAUAAGGGAGGGGAAAUGCAGGCUUCCCACUCCGUGUCUUGAAGGGGAAGAAACCUAAAUCAUCACUACAGCCUGAUACUGUGUGUUUUGAACUGUGAUCCCUCCCAUCCCCAGGACAUCACUCUGAGUACGUUUAGGCUGUAAAAAGAGUGCACUAAAUAAAUAAAUUCUCAAAUGUG